CCUCUUCCCUCCAGCUGCCUGUAUUUGUUGAACAGUCCAGCCUUCAGCUCACACAGACGAGGUCAUGAGGACCAUAGAGCGGCUCACUUCACUGGGUCUGCUGGCCUGGUUCUGCUGCCUGAGUGCAGAGCCCGUUCAGGGGGGGAAGGUCCUGGUUAUGCCUGUGGACGGGAGCCACUGGUUAAGCAUGAAGAUCCUGGUGAAGGAGCUGAGCCUCAGAGGACAUGAGGUGGUGGUGCUGGUGCCUGAAAGCAGCCUGUUGAUCCAAGGCUCGGACACUUACAGGACUGAGGUGUUUACGGUGUCCUACAGCCAACAAGAACUGGAUGGAAACUUUAAUGAGCUCAGGAAGGGAAUAUUCAACCCACCUGCUCUCACAGGUUUUCUGGUCAACGUGCAGCGUUUGCUUAACUUCACUGAUCUGCAGGUGAGAGGGUGUGAGAGUCUGCUGCACAAUGAGGCGCUGAUGAGUCGACUGAGAGCAGAGGGCUUCGAUGUUCUGCUCACAGACCCCUUCCUCCCAUGUGGUCCCAUCCUGGCUCAUCUGUUUUCCGUUCCUGCCGUUUAUUUCCUGCAUGGUCUUCCCUGUGGGCUGCAUAUCAAAGUCAACCAGUGUCCUUCACCUCCUUCUCAUGUUCCUGUGUUCAGCUCUGGGCUUUCACCUAAAAUGAACUUUGUGCAGAGAGUCAAGAACCUGUUCCUUUAUUUUAAGGAGGAACACACCUGCAAAUUAAUGUAUGCCAACUUUGAUCAUCUGGCCAGCAGAUAUUUUGGAGACGGUGUGACUUAUAAGGAUCUUCUAAGUCAUGAUGCGAUCUGGCUUCUGAAGUAUGACUGGACCUUCGAGUGGCCCAGGCCCAUCAUGCCCAACAUGGUUUUUAUUGGAGGCAUCAACUGUGCACAGAAAGGCCGUCUGCCAGCGGACUUGGAGGAGUUUGUGGACGGCUCUGGAGAUGAUGGGUUUAUCGUUUUCACCCUGGGGUCUAUGGUGUCCGAUAUGCCUGAGGAAAGAGCCAAACAGUUCUUUGAUGCUUUUCGACAAAUUCCUCAAAGGGUUUUGUGGCGAUACACUGGAGCGCCACCUCCAGACGUACCAGAGAACGUCAGGCUCAUGAAGUGGUUACCUCAGAACGACCUCCUGGCUCACCCCAAAGCUAAAAUCUUCUUGACUCAUGGAGGAAGUCAUGGCCUGUAUGAGGGCAUCUGUAACGCUGUUCCCAUGGUGAUGUUUCCACUGUUUGGGGACCAGGAGGAAAACACACAUCGCAUGGUGGCCCGAGGUGUCGCAGAAAAACUGAGUGUUCAUGAUGUUACGACUGAAGCACUGCUGACUGCGAUAAAGAAAAUCAUCCACGACAAAAGUUACAAACAGAAGAUGGUGCAGUUGUCUCAGAUCCACCUGGACCGUCCUCUUCAGCCUUUGGACUUGGCUGUUUUCUGGACCGAGUUCGUCAUGAAACACAAAGGAGCUGCACAUCUGAGGGUGGCUGCUCAUGACCUGAACUGGAUCCAGUACCACAGCCUGGACGUCCUGGGCUUUUUAGCCCUGGUUCUGAUCACUGUUCUGGUUCUGACGCUAAAAUGCUGCUGGUUCUGCACCCGGAGCUGUUUCAGAAAGAGGACAGAGAAGAGGAAGUCCCAGUAGUUCAUCUAAUGUGUGGGCGGCCACAGCUCUGCAGGGAAACUCAAGGGUUGGCGGUUCGAGUCCCGCUCUGUCCUAGUCAGUCUGUUGUGUCCUUGGGCAAGACACUUCAUCCUCCAGUGUCACUCACACUGGUGUACGAAUGUGU